CAGGAACAUAUUUUACAUUAUAUGUACAGCGUAUAUCGUCUUACCGCACCGCAAGAAAGUGUUGAGCGAGACAUAGUUAGAUGGAGAACGGAGAUGUGACAUCUCUCCUCCCUCCCAAGACACAGACAGACAUAUCACAAAGCCGACAGUUAAACUUCUAAAAAGAGACCCUGUCGCUCGUUACUACCUUCCUUCCUGUGGUGAUGUCCUUCACCGACAGAUUGGAACCUUCUUUUAGCGGUGGGUACGAUCGACUGUUUUACUUGCGAGGUAAAUAAGCAAAAAAGUCUGGCGCUGGUUUGCCCUAAUGAGUGUCUUUUGUGUUAUCUCAUCUGUCUGUUUGUCUGUCUCCGACUGCGCUGAGAUGGAGUUGGACGGAGAGAACGGCAGGUUUAUUGCAGAAUGGCUGGGGUAUUUCUGCGAUGCAUGUAGAAUGGUGUACGGUGGUAUUCUUCGUUACGCCACACGAGCAGAGCUCUCCUCCGCAUCUCGGUGGAGCUUCCUACUCCAUAAAAAGUCACCGGGAAUACCAGAUUAGGGACAGCGAAAAGAAGUCCACAUUAACCAAAGACCAUAGAGUAAACCCACCGGUAAACCCGUAGAAGGGCGAUCACUUCUGGAAGAAUGACAUGUCGAGAACCGUCCGUUUUGGCUGCAUCUAGCAUGAGGAUAUCGUACGUAUAUUUCUGGUCUGGUUUCUCCCUUGGUACCUUGGGUACAUACAUAAGAGAUGUGACGGCCUGACAGUUUCCGUCUACCUAACCCUAACGUAUGCAAGGGAUGGAAAGCCUUCCGAUGGAAGUUUCUCUUUCUUUCUUCUUGACUUUUUGAUUUUUUCUCAUUGAUUGAUUUGUUUACUUAUUCUUUUUUGUUUUUAGUCUGUGAUAGUAAUGCGUGUAUCCC